ACCGAAGCGCGCGCGCGCGCGCACACACACUCACAAGCAAGCCACCGGUUUGUCACAUGACCACCAGCGUGAAGCCCAAGUCUGCCUGUGCGUGUUUGGCUCCUAUUUCCGCGUUCACCCACACCGACUGAAUGAGUCUCUACCAACACCGCCUCCACAGCAGCAGCAGCGGCUCUGUAUCUGCUGCCUGACGCAGAGAAACCGCGUCCCCGUGCGGGCAUCGUCGCCCACCCGCAUCGCUCCGCCGCCCGCAGCAGCCAUGCUCACGCGGGUGAAGACGGCCGUGGCCAGCCUAAUGGGAGGCGUGAUGGCCGGAGGAUCUAACGGAGACCAUCCCGGCGGCCUGGAUCUGCCGCUCAAAUUUCCGUACAGCAGACCGGAGUUCCUGGGACUGUCUGCCGACGAGGUCGAGUGCUCGGCGGAUCACAUAGCGAGACCGAUCCUGAUCCUGAAGGAGACCAAGCGGCUGCCGUGGGCCACCGGCUACGCGGAGGUGAUCAAUGCUGGGAAGAGCACCUUAAACGAGGACCAGGCCUGCUGCGAGGUGCUCAUGCUCAAAAGGAGACCUCUGGAGAGCUCGGCGCCAAACCGAAACCCAGCUGCCCGCCGGAGGUCUUCCCUGCCCAACGGAGAGGGCCUCGGCCUCCGGGACAGCAGCGAUGACUCAGAGGAUCUUACCUUUCACUACUGGGCGCUGUUCGACGGCCACGCUGGUUCUGGAGUUGCCGUCAUGGCGUCUCGUCUUCUCCAUCACCACAUCGCGCUGCACCUUCAAGAGGUGAUGGAGAUUCUGUGCGCACCCAACCUACUGCCGCCCACUUGCCUGGACGAGGAGCCCGUCAAUCACCUCCUGCCCACAACGUCCAACCGCGCCCUGUCUAGGGCCGCGUCGCUACGAGGAGCCGCGGGCGCCCCGGGUUCGCCCAGCGCCCCGCCAACGCGCUUCUUCACUGAGAAGAAAGUUUCGCAAGAAAGCCUGGUUAUCGGAGCCAUAGAGAACGCCUUCAAAGACAUGGACGUGCAGAUCGAAAAGGAGAAGGCGUCCUUCAACAUCUCAGGAGGCUGCACCGCUCUAAUGGUCGCCUGUCUGCAGGGGAAGCUGUACGUCGGCAACGCAGGGGACAGCAGAGCGAUCGUUGUGCGAGCCGGGGAAGUCAUUCCCGUGUCAUCGGAGUUCACGCCGGAGUCAGAGAGACAGCGGCUGCAGUUUCUGGCGUACAUGCAGCCACACCUGCUGGGGAACGAGUUCACACACCUGGAGUUCCCACGCCGGGUGCAGAGGAAGGAGGUGGGGAAGAGGAUGCUGUACCGGGACUUCACCAUGUCGGGAUGGGCGUAUAAAACCAUAGAGGACGAUGACCUGAAGUUCCCUCUGAUCUACGGCGAGGGGAAGAAGGCGAGAGUGUUGGCGACCAUCGGGGUCACGAGAGGCUUCGGGGACCACAACCUGAGAGUUCACGACUCCAACAUUUACAUCAAGCCCUUUCUGUCCUGCUGCCCGGAGGUCAGAGUUUACCCCUUAUCGCAGUUCGAGCACGGAGCAGAUGACGUUCUGAUUCUGGGAACCGACGGCCUGUGGGAUGUCCUCUCUAACCAGGAAGUGGCCGAAGCGGUCACCGGUUUCCUGGCGAACUGCGACCCAGACGACCAGCACAGGUACACAAUGGCCGCUCAGGACCUGGUGAUGAGGGCGCGUGGGGAGCUGAAGGAUCGCGGCUGGAGGAUAUCCAACGACAGAUUGGGCUCCGGAGACGACAUCUCCGUCUACAUCAUCCCCCUCAUGUACGGAAACAAGCAGAACUAGCAGAGGAACAAGAAACAACCAAAAUGUUUUCCUCUCUUUCAUCUUUUUUUGGUUGUUGUUGUUGUUGCUGUAAAGACGUGCGGAUUUCCGGAAGGAUCCGAGCCGUUUCUUCUUCUCCGGACUUGGAUUUCUCUUUGUUGUAAAGAAGAAAACGAGAAACCAGACAACGAAAGGAACUGCUGAUGACUUGAAUUUUUCUUUUUUUUUUCUUCUUCUUUAAGUCUUGAGGAAGCCAUCUUUAACUCGGACUCUCUGGCGGACGGUGCGGUGGCGUGCGUCUCAGGACCGCCGUUACUUCACAAUGCACGAUAUUUAUAAAUGUGAUGCGUGUAAAUACUAGCACAGCGUUUGACAAAAGUGGGAUUUGUGGAAUAUUUGUAUGAUGAAGGAAAAAAAAAAAAAAGGUCUUGGCACUGAAAUGGAGAAAAAUAAAUGUCAAAUCAUUCGGUCAGCCAGGCCUCGGUUAGCGUUUUGGUGAACUAGACUUAGCAGAACUACAAUUCCCAGCCCAAGUUCGACUCUAAUCAAAAAAAGAAAGAACAAAAGGCCUCUUUCUCUUGCACUUUGAGAACUUUCUGUCUUCCUCUUCCUUUGACUAAGAGGUGCCUCCGACAUGAAUUGAUCAAAUGUUUUUGUUUUUUUCAUAAAGUACUUCUAAAUGACGCCCGUUGACGCUGACAGCUGAGUGGACAAUCAUCUUCCAUGUCGCUACAAUCACUAUGUUGUUGUCAGAUCCGGUGGUUUUUUUCAUGUUUUUGUCCAGGUUGAGUCUUGUGAGUGCAACCCAGUGCAGACGAACUUCAACUAAAGUGCCUUGCAAAAGUAUUCACACCCCUUGAACCUUUACGCGUUUUGAAAUGUUACAGUCACACAAACGUCCGUGUGUUUAAUGGUGAUUAUUGUUUUGUGUGUGUGAGCUAAAUCAUCACAUGUCGGAGUAUAUGUGAACAUAAAUGUUCACCUCUUGCUACGUAUUCCCAAUAAUAUUUAGAUCAGGACUUUGACUGGGCCGUGCUAGCUCCAGUCUUAAGUCUUAAUUUUUACCUAUGCGUGUCUGUUUUGCCAUUGUUGAGCAUGAUAAAUAUUUUUUAUGUAUUUACGCUGACAGCAAAUUGCUUCUGAAGCUAGUCGGCGGCUGCGUAAGUUUUAUUUUGGCGUAUCGGGAGCAAAACGUGUCGAAAAAUAACGUUUGAUAUAUUAAGUUUGUGUUAAAAGUAAAAAAAAAAAAAGUUCAAAGAGUGUGAAUAGUACUGUAUAGCACCAGUGGUUUUUUCUCUCCAUAUUUUCAUUUUAUUGUUUCCUAUGUAGAUCUCGUCACGCUGUCAGCCAUAGAAAAACACAAAUAAGAUAUUCCAGGAGGAGCAGAAUGAGACGCUAUUUUUGUGGAAGAGCAAAAAUAUAUUAGAAACCGCGCGGUAAUCUUUCCUGCGGUGACCGCAAGAGUUCGUGUUCCUUGAGUUCUUUUCCCCCCACACAUUUUGUAACUUUAAAGCCGCUAAUGUUUUUGUCACGUUUCAUGUGGAUUUGGACAAAUAAAAGUGGCGCAUAAUCGAA